AUGGGCAAACGCGAACGAUCAAAUUUAUUACCAAAUAAUAUUCCACAACUACAAAACCUUAUCAAACGUGAUCCACUUUCAUAUAAAGAGGACUUUUUACAACAAUAUAGACAUUAUGAGUCUCAAUUAACCAUUCUUCAGCUGAAACCAGACGAAGAAGCAGAAGAAUUUGGAAAUUUGGUUACUUUUAUUUCACAGGUUGCGCAAUGUUAUCCUCAAGAAACCCGUUCAUUUCCUCAACAAAUAAUAAACUUACUUUCCGAAAAUUAUCAAAAUUUAAAUCCUAAUCUACGAAAAACCAUGGUACAAGGUCUCAUACUACUUCGCAAUAAAGACAUAAUUCCCAGUAUCACGGUGUUAUCUUUAUUCUAUACAUUAUUCCGAGUUCAUGAUAAACAACUUCGUGAUUUACUAUACACACAUAUUAUUUCAGAUAUAAAAAAUACUAAUGCCAAGCACAAGAAUAAUAAAUUAAAUAAAACUUUACAAAAUUUCAUGUACACAAUUUUACAAAGUACAACAGAUAGCACAAAUGUAAUUGCUGCUAAAAAAAGUUUAGAUGCGUGUAUUGAGUUAUAUAAAAAGGGAAUAUGGAAUGAUUCAAAAACUGUUAAUAUUAUAUCUGAAGCAUGUUUCCAUUCAGUGACAAAAAUUAAAGACAUUCCAGAUAUUAAACGAUUACAACAUAUAAAUCUUGUUAAUAAAACAAAAAGAUCAAAAUUAAAAAAAUUGGAAAAAGCAGUGUCAAUUGUCAAGAAAAGAGAAAGGCAAAAAAAUAAAGAAACCUUUAAUUUUUCCACAUUACAUUUAUUAAAUGAUCCUCAAGUUGCUCAAUCUUGCCAUGAAUUGGUACCACCUGACGCGUUGGAACCUGUUAUUAAAGCUAUUGCAAAUAAUUUUGUUUCCGAUCAUUGUGCUGGUGAAGUUAUGGCAGCUGGUUUGAAUGCUAUACGCGAGAUUUGUGCACGUCAACCUUUAGCAAUAGAUUCUACUUUGUUACAAGAUCUAAUAGAGUACAAAUCAGAUAGGGAUAAGGGGGUCAUGAUGGCUGCUAAAUCAUUAGUUGGUUUAUUUCGGGAAAUUAAUCCGGAAAUGUUGAAAAGAAAAGAUCGGGGUAAAAUUGCUAGUAUGAAUAUGAAAGAUUUUAAACCAUUACAGUAUGGUAAAAUACGUAUGACUGAACAAAUUGAAGGUAUAGAAUUAUUAGAAGAGUACAAAAAGCAACAAAUGCAGGAUGGUGUGGUAGAAGAUAAUGAUGAUGAAUGGGUAGGAUGGGAGGUAGCUUCAAAUGCUUCAUCAAAUGAAGAAGAUUGGGUUGAUGUUUCAGAUGAUAAAUGUGAUGACAAAGAUGAUAAUGAUGAAAGUGAAGAUGGUAAAGACGAUGAUGAUGAAAUUGAAGGUGACAUAGAUGACGAUGAUGAUGAUGAAAUUGAAGGUGACGAUGAUGAAAUUGAAGGUGACAUGGGUGACGAUGAAAUUGAUGGUGAUAGAGAUGAUGAAAUUGAUGUUAGAAACGAUAUAACUGAUAGAGAAAAUGAUAAUAAAUGUGACAAUAAGGAAAAAAAUGAUGAAUAUGUAGGGGAAAUUAAUAAAGAUGAAAAUAUUUCAAGCUUGGCAACAACACAGCUUUUGACACCGGCAGAUUUUUUUAAAUUGAACGAACUCAAAAUGAAACAUAAAGUUAAACAAUUAAUAGAUGGUGGUAAACGCAAAAGUGACGCAAUACAACACGAUGAACUUCCGGAUAUAGUUGAUGUCAAUUUUAUUACUGGUCCACGAAAAAAAGCCAAACAAGAUUAUGAGGAACGUAUAGAAUCCAUAAAGGCUGGGCGAGAGGGACGAGAAAAAUUCGGUGGUCCCAAAAAAGGGAAAAAGGUUGAAGGUACCAGCACCACGAAUAAAGAGAAAGCAAGACAUAAAGCUUUUAUGAUGGUAAUUCAUAAGAAGAAUAUGAUCAAUAAAAAACGGAUGAGUUUAAGAGAUAAGCAGAUACAAUUGACAAGGCGUGGCGGCGGCUUUAAAAAGAAAAGCAAGUAA